AUGGCUUAUGCAAAGGAGCAGUAUAAAGAAUUAGAAACCAUCAAUAAGGAAGACCAUAGCUUUGACAUACCAGAGAAAGACUUUAAAAGGAAAGGGCAAUUUAAGGAACCCAUAUUCAUUUCCAUCCCUUUGCCAACAGGGGGAACAGGCCCUUCAUCAGAUGCUGGCUGGAGAUGUAUUCUACGCUGUGGGCAGAUGAUGCUGGCCCAAGCCCUUAUCUAUAAACACUUGGGAAGGGAUUGGAACUGGGAGAAACAAAAAGAACAACCCAGGGGAGGAUAUCAACGGAUUCUACAGUGCUUCUUAGAUAGAAAAGACUGUUGCUACUCUAUCCGUGAAAUGGCACAAAUGGGUGUAGGAGAAGGGAAAUCAAUUGGUGAAUGGUUUGGACCAAAUACAGUUGCACAGGUGUUAAAAAAACUUGCUUUAUUUUAUGAAUGGAACGCCUUGGCUGUUUAUGUUUCAAUGGAUAACACAGUGGUCAUUGAAGAUAUCAAAAAAAUGUGCUGUGUCCUUCCCAUGAGUGUUGACACAGCUGGUGAAAGCCCCUCAGCUUCUCUGAAUGCUUCAAACCAGAGUAAGGGCACCUCUGCAUGCUGCUCGGCCUGGAAACCCUUGCUGCUCAUUGUGCCCCUUCGCCUGGGCAUAAACCAAAUCAACCCUGUUUAUGUUGAUGCAUUCAAAGAAUGUUUUAAGAUGCCACAGUCUUUAGGAGCAUUAGGAGGAAAACCAAAUAACGCCUAUUAUUUCAUAGGAUUCUUAGGUGAUGAGCUCAUCUUCUUGGACCCUCACACAACCCAGACCUUUGUUGACACUGAAGAGAAUGGAAUGGUUGAUGACCAGACUUUCCAUUGGCUGCAGUCCCCACAGCGAAUGAAUAUCCUGAACUUGGAUCCUUCCGUAGCAUUGGGAUUUUUCUGCAAAGAAGAGAAAGACUUUGAUAACUGGUAUAGCCUUGUUCAGAAGGAAAUUCUAAGGGAGAAUUUAAGGAUGUUUGAAUUAGUUCAGAAACAUCCAUCCCACUGGCCUCCCUUUGUUCCUCCAUCCAAGCCAGAAGUGACAACCACUGGGGCAGAAUUCAUAGACUCAACAGAACAACUAGAGGAGUUUGACCUGGAGGAAGAUUUUGAGAUUCUGAGCAUAUAAAAUAGCACAAA